CUUCCAUUCCCUUUUUUCCUAUUAAAUCCAUCUUCACUCCCACUUUCACUCCUUCACUCUUCCUUUCUCUCUCUAAACAUGGAAAUUAACACCCAUCAACCCUUCUCUCUCCUCUUUCUCUUACUCCUCAAUCUCCUUCCCUUCGGAUCCGCCAACUUCAAAACUGUUGCCAACUACGAAGUUGCUUGUACAAUGUGUAACACGUGCCAACCGUGUAACCCCUACCCUUACAGCUCCCCACCGCCGCCACCAUCACCACCUCCGCCGUCUCCUCCGCCGCCAACCACCGUAGUCGGAUGUCCACCACCGCCAUCUAAACCUUCUGGCGGCGGUGGAAGUUACUAUUAUUAUUCACCACCUCCGCCUUCACAGCCUUCUUAUGUUUAUCCUCCGCCGAGCGGUGGCGGCGGUGGUGGAGGAUACUAUUAUGCACCACCGUAUCAUUACGGUCCUGCUCCUCCUCCUCCUAAUCCUAUUGUACCAUAUUUCCCGUUCUACUAUCAUACACCUCCUCCUGGAAAAUCUGGUUCUAGCUUUCUUGGUACAAAUUUUCAAUUUUUGUUUCCUUUGUUUUUGUCAUUUUUUUUCUUUUUCUUAUGAAAUUAAAAUAAAAAAUAACAAAAUAAAUGGGAGAAAAAAUAACAAUUGUAGAUCUAAUGGUUUAGAAGCAAAAUGACGAAAAAACCCUUGAAAAAGUUCUUAAAGGUCAGGAUCCAAGGUGGUGAAGAAAGUUGAUACUACUUAGCUAACUUUCAGGAGGUACUGAAAGAAAGGGAUAACGAAAGGGUAGUCAUUUUUUAUUUACUUUGUUUUAAUAUGAAAUUCUAUUACUCAUUCACAUGGUUGAUUCUGUACUUUUGUAAUUUUAUGUACCAUUAUUAUUAUUAUUAUUAUUAUUAUUAUUAUUAUUAUUAUUAUUAUUA